AUGCCAAUGUACUGUGAACUCGGUCGUCCCGUUCGGUGCCGCCGCACCCUGCAUAGCAAACACGUCAAAAUUCGAAGCAAUUCAGCACCAGGCACUACAACCUUCGUCCCAUCAUGGAAAUACGAGCCUUUUCCAGGCGAGAUAGUCCACUUCAACGGCACAGUCGAGGGGGUCCUCGCCCAUCUCAAGCAAAUCAACCCCGAUUACAGACUUCCUGACGACGCUGCCGACGUUGCCGGUCCGAGAGGCAGAGGAUCAAUUCGGUCCGUAUUGUCUUCGCUCCAACGACGAAGCGAGCAAACCAUUGUUGAAACCACCGUCACCAAGGACAUUGUAACUCGCAACGACACCAAGCCCUCAAACGUCGCAUCCAUCGUCGCCGCUGGAGUGACGCUUCUCCUUCGGGUACCGGGCCAGCCUCAAGCAGGCCCCGGUCCGGAGAGCUGUGGCCGGGUCAGCUGUAGCUACGGUACGGCCAUUUGGUUUUGCAAUAAUGUGAGUUUGUCUGGGGCUUUCCUUCAAGCCUUCUUGAUAUCCGAUCCAAUUGAAUAUUGGUAG